GCGUCCAUCGACGCCCAGGAGGUCUACAACUGCUGCCACGGCUUCGGCACGUCCGACGGGAAGCUGAUCGCUCUCUUAGCGUCGCGCUCCAAGCCCCACCUCCAGGCCGUCGCGGCCGCGUACUACGACCAGCGCGACAAGCCCAUGGUCGGGCGCAUCCGCGAGGAGACGUCGGGCUGGUACAAGCUCCUCCUGACGUACCUCGUCGCGUCGCCGGAAGAGGCCGACGUGCGCCAGCUCGACGCGGCCAUGGACGGCCUCGGCGCGGACGGCGUCGCGCUCGUCGAGUUCCUCGUCGGCAACAGCCAGGCGCGCGUCCGCGCGGCCAAGGCCAAGUGGGAGGGCCGCCACGACGCGAGCUUGGUGGACCGAGUCGCCUCGGAGCUCCACGGCGCGAACGAGACGCUGGCGCUGCAGCUGCUCAAGGGCGAGCGCGACGAGCUCGGCGAGGCCGACGAGGCCGAGGCCGAGGCGCUCGCGGACAAGCUCGCCGCGGGCGCCGCGGGGUGGGGCACGGACGAGCAGGCGUUCAUCGAAGUGCUGGCGAAGAACUCGCCGGAGACGAACUACGCCGUGCGGACCGCGUACGAAAACAAGCACGGCAAGUCGCUCGAGUCGCUCAUCGAGAGCGAGAUGUCGGGCAACCUCGCCAAGUGCCUCGGCGCGCUGCUCCUGCCGCCGGCGGACUACUACGCGAAGCGGUUGAAGGACGCCUUCCGGGGCCUGGGCACGUCGGACGCGGUCGUCUGCCGCGUGCUCGGCGGCCACGACAAGGCCGACGUGCGGGAGAUCGCCGCCGCCUACGAGCGCAAGUACGGGACCCCUUUGAAGGAUGAUCUGAAGGCCGAGUGCUCGGGCAACUACAAGCGC